AUGGUGGGCAACCUAAUAGAGACAAUCCAUGAAGCUGUAUUGACGACUCUGGAAGCUAUAUCUACACUCCUACAACCGGCAAUAUUACGGGCCGAGCUUCUUGCUCACACCGCAAUCUAUACGACCUCGCAGAAGCCGCCCACAUCCCAAGACAUACCUCCCGUCACUCUCACCACUGUCCUCGAUGUCGAGCCCUCAGCCUUUAAAGACUACCUCAGUCAGGUUGGACCCCUGUUUGACGCUUUCCAACGCACAAAGCUCGAGUCCGAAGACAGCGGCAAACAAAUGUUGCAUCAAGACAUCUCCACCGCCAAAAACGACGAGCUUGCACCAUACAGAAAGCGGAAGACCAGCAUUUUGAAGCGCGACCAGCUUUUGCCUACACCGCUGUCUAUGAUUCCCUCUGUGUAUUUCGAUGAAAACUUUCACCUCGAGAAUCCACGUACUUUUGAUGUUGUUAGUGAGUAUGCGGGGGUUAUAAGGCAGCCGUUUUCCACCACCGGAGAUCGUGACAGCACUGCUGCAAAUAGUACCCCGCAAUCUAGUGGGAAGGCGCUUAUUACCAAUACCAUGUUACUGGAGAAGCUAUCAUGGUAUAUGGACACUGUAGAGAUUUAUCUGAUACGUUCGAUUUCGCAAGCGUCAGCCUCUUUUUUCGCCGCGCUUCACUCUCUACGUGGACUCCAGGCUGCGUUCGCCGACUCUAGCGCAAAGAUCAAGAAGCUUAGGGAGGACCUCGUAUAUCUCGAUGAAGAGAUAGUAGUGCGCGGUUUUGAGAUUAUUAGUAUAAAGCGAAGACGGGAUAAUCUAAGAAAGCUGGGCGAUGCUAUUAAACAGCUUCAAUAUGUCCUCAGCAGCGCUAGUUCCUGCGAGGAACUCCUAAACUCUGGGCAGCUGGAGAUGGCUUUACAAAGCAUCUCGUACGUCGAACAGCUUGCAUCUGGAACACUAGAUCCGAAAAUUGGUGGCCAGUUCUAUUGGCUUCUACCGAACCCAUCCAUUAGACUUACCGAUCUACGCCAACUACAAGUUCUUGGAGGACUGUUCAGAGACAUCAACCAGCUUCGCCUACGGAUCGGAAAAGGUUAUGAAGCCCGAUUGCUGGAUAUCCUUUUGGGCGACCUGCGCCGACAUAUAUCAGGCGUAUCUCCGAGAGACAUUUUGGCGCGCUGGGCUGAUAUCGCAAAGCGCACACGGGGCGCAACGGAUGCCUCCCCAUCGACACGCACGUCCGUGACGAUUGCAGAAAAGCUGCGCGAAGAACUCGUCCCUGUCCUGCUGGGACUUGGCCAGUCGCAGUAUCUAGCUGCCGCAAGCACCACAUUUCGCGAAGCUGUCAUCCGAGAGAUGAAGUCUCUUAUCCGUCAGCACCUGCCGAGUUCUACUGACGACGAUAAUGAGUCUGUCACGUCUGCGUCCACGCGGCCAAGCGGUCGACGUCCGACCCAGCAGGAAAAGUCGAGCAUUCUGUCUCGCAAUUUGCGUGCUCUCAGUCCUGAGGACGCUGAAGCGUUUUUUGUCAAGGUCUAUUGCGGAAUAGGCGAAGCAUUACGGAGGCUUAGUGUACAGGUCAAGGUUCUCCUCGAUUUUACGAGCGGCAUGAAGGAGACUCCAAAAAAUGUACUCACGCCCGUCCAAAGCCAGGGAAGCACAGGCAAUCUAGCGGUCCAUCCACCCAGCCUUUCGAUGGAAUGUAAUCCGCAGGAAGAGAUGACUCAAGCCCUUGACAUGUCAAGCCUCCUCGAACAGGCAGUAGACAAGACACAAUCAGAGUUGACAAAGGUGCUGCGAGUCAGAACUGAGCAAACGGUUCGCCUUGGAUUAACUGAUUUUCUAAGCUACUUCACGCUAAAUCGCCUGUUCGUGAAUGAAUGCGAGGCAGUCUCUGGAAACUCUGGAGUGGCGCUCAAAGGAGUCGUAAACAACCAACUUCAUGACUUUAUCCCGCUUCUGCACGAAGUGGAAAAGCAAAAGCUGGUGCAAAAGAUGGAGUCUGAGAAGUGGGAGCGCAUCGAUUUCAAGCCCCAGGACGCAUUGGCCCUGGCGCACAUUGUCCAGUCUAUAAUCACUGAUCCUCCGGCAUGGCUCGAUUACACGGACGCUAGUAUCAUCGGCCUAGAAGCAGGUGAACGCAAUUUGCAGCUAAACCGCACCCCUGCGGAGCCUACGAGUGUUGCUCAGCAAAACAAGAAAGACUCGCCACUGGCAGUCAUUGAGGAGGAGAAGUUUACGCUUGUCGAUUCGGCAGCAUUUGCGCUUCGCGGCAUAGAGAAGUACACAAUCCUCCUGGCAUCGAUUCCCGGCAUGGCUAACGAGAUUUCGACGGCCUUACUUGACUAUCUCAAACUUUAUAAUUCUUGCACACAACAGCUCAUUCUCGGUGCCGGUGCUAAGAUAACAGCUGGGCUGACCAAUAUCAAUACCAAGCACCUUGCCCUUGCCUCGCAGUCUCUGUCCUUCUUCAUUGCUCUGAUACCCUACGUGCGCGAGUGUGUCCGGCGUCGACUAUCUAUCACAGCCUCCGGCAUGGCAGAAUAUGACCGGCUGAAGUACUUAUUGCAAGACCAUCGGUCCUCUAUCCACAACAAACUCAUCGACAUAAUGAGAUCUCACGCAACCCUUUACAUCAGACAGAUGGAGAAGAUCAAGUGGGACGAUGAAGACGAGGUACAGAGGAAUGUUAGUCCACACAUGGAGACGCUCACGAAAGAGGUGCUCACACUACAACGAGUGCUGAGCAAGUACUUGCCGGCGUUGAGCGUAAGAAUGAUCGUUGGACGGGUCUUUGUGAGCUACAAGGAGCAAUGGAGCAAAGCUUUCAAUGGUGCGACGGUACGGACCGAGGCCGGGAGAGCGAGGCUUCUGCGAGACGCGGAGCUGCUCGAAGGAAAGCUCGACAAGAUUGACGGCGCAGAACAACUCGGAUUUCACGUGAUCAAUAUUGUCAAGGCGAAGCAAAUUCCAUCCCGGCCAAAAGCCAGCAGGAACAUGCCAUCCGGCGAUAGCAUGCCCGCAUGA